UUAUGUCGUUGACAAAAGAUGGAACCAGAACCGAUACUAUGGUAAUAUUUGUAAUGAACAUAACCUUUUUUUUGCAAUGUAUCAAUAACAAGACUAAAGUAUAUUAUAUUUAAUUCAAAUAAGACUUACAUCCACGAAAAUGGAUGUACAAAGGCAUUCUGUACAUACUCUUGUAUUUCGAUCAUUAAAGAGAACACAUGACAUGUUUUUAUUAAAUCAAGGUAAUUUACCACCUGUGGAUCCUAGCUUGCAAAAAAUGAAAAAAUUUGUAAAAGCGAAAGAUUCUUAUGGUCCUGUGUUAGAACGUGUUAAAACUAACAAUAUAAUGAAAGCUCAAAAUGACAAUGAAAAUGCAGAUCCUCCUCCACCAGGCGAUGAAUCUUUUGGAGGAAAUAAUACUGGUGCAGUUGUACCUUACAAUCCUGUACAAAACAAUAAUAUGGUAGUAACACCACAAGUAAAUUCAGGAGGAAGUUCAGUUAACAUGUCAUUACUCAUACCACAAAAAAAGACACCUUCUAUGGCAAAACCUAAGUGGCAUGCACCAUGGAAGUUAUACAGAGUUAUUAGUGGCCAUCUUGGUUGGGUAAGAUGUUGUGCUGUUGAACCAGGAAAUGAAUGGUUUGCAACAGGAUCAGCAGACAGAGUAAUUAAAAUAUGGGAUCUUGCAAGUGGUAAAUUGAAAGUUUCUUUGACUGGUCACAUAAGUAGUGUUCGUGGACUUGCAUUUUCUCAAAGACAUCCAUAUCUAUUUUCUUGUGGAGAAGAUCGCCAAGUAAAGUGCUGGGAUCUUGAGUAUAAUAAGGUUAUAAGACAUUAUCAUGGUCAUUUAUCAGCUGUAUAUUCCAUGGCAUUACAUCCUAGCAUUGAUGUAUUAGUAACUGCAGGUAGAGAUUCUACUGCAAGAGUAUGGGAUAUGCGUACCAAAGCAAAUGUACAUACUCUUGUUGGUCACACCAAUACAGUUGCUAGUGUAAUUUGUCAAACAGUUGAACCACAGAUUGUCACUGGAAGCCAUGACUGUACCAUAAGAUUAUGGGAUUUAGCUUUUGGAAAAUCUAGAGCUACUUUAACAAAUCACAAAAAAAGUAUAAGAGCUGUGACUUUUCAUCCAUCGCUAUAUAUGUUUGCAUCAGCAUCUCCAGAUAACAUUAAACAAUGGAAAUGUCCAGAAGGAAAAUUUAUUCAGAACUUAUCAGGUCAUAAUGCAAUAGUUAAUUGUUUAGCUGUUAAUGCUGAUGGCGUAUUAGUUUCUGGAGCAGAUAAUGGUACUAUGCACCUUUGGGACUGGAGAACAGGGUAUAAUUUUCAACGUUUACAAGCACCCGUUCAACCGGGUUCAAUGGACAGUGAAGCUGGAGUAUUUAGUAUUACGUUUGAUAUGUCUGGCACUCGCAUGAUUACAACAGAAGCAGAUAAAACAAUUAAAGUUUAUAAAGAAGAUGAAACUGCUACCGAAGAGACACAUCCUGUAAAUUGGAGACCAGAUAUAAUAAAGCGAAGAAAAUAUUGAACAUUUUUAUACGUAAUAAAUAUUAUUAAUUUUAAAUUUCUUCUAAGUUAUAAUUUAUAAUAAAAAACAGAACAUGGCAAAACA